AUGGACAACAUUCGCAAGCUGGCCAGAGACCACAGUCGCGCCCCUAUGCAGUCGACCAGCGGCGCCCACGAGGGCUUUAUCACCUCCACCACGGGGCCUUGGAUGCGCAUCAAUGACAACUAUGCCGAAAUCAACGUUGGAAGGCAGAUUGGCGACAAGGACAGCGUGUUGCCCUUCUGGAAGAACCUCCUUCGACUUCGGAAGAACCAUGCCGAUCUCUUUACCUACGGCGAGUUUCGCCCCGCGGACGCCGGGGACGACAGCGGGUUGGCCUGCUUUCAAAAGGCAUCUAGCCACAGUGAAGCUCUGGUUCUGCUCAAUCUGUCUUUGGACCUGUAG